AUGUCAGCAAGGUUGAGAGAGUCGCCAACCCUCCUUCCACAGACUUCAGCAGAGUCAGACAGGAUUCUGAUCGUGAAGAUUGAAGAUGACGAUGACGACGAUGAGCAGACCUGUGAUGAGGACACCAGCCUCCACUGGAACAGCUACUGCAGCCCGGAGACCUUCCGCCAGCGCUUCAGGCAGUUUGGCUACGAGGAUUCCCCUGGGCCCCGGGAGGCGCUGAACCAGCUGCGGGAACUCUGCCAUCUCUGGCUGAGGCCGGAGGUGCACACCAAGGAGCAGAUUCUGGAGCUGCUUGUGCUGGAGCAGUUCCUGGCCAUCCUCCCCAAAGGGCUGCAGGACUGGGUGCAGAAGCAUCAGCCAGAGAAUGGCGAGGAAGCCGUGACUGUGCUGGAAGACAUAGAGCGAGAGCUGGACGAGCCAGCAGAGCCGGUUUUAUUUUUCAGACAAAGAGAGGACAGAUUUGCAGAGAAGCUAACACCUCGGCGAGUAACUCCAGAGUUACCAAAUAGCCGGCUCAAAUCCAACAAGAAGCAGCUCCCGUGGACCUCGUGGGAGCACCAGUCCUUACGACCAAAUGAUGCAAACACCAAAACUGUGAAUGUGGCAUCGGCUUCGAGGCAAAAGACCUCUUCCGGCGUAGAACGGCAUUACGAUGUUUCUAACACCCUCCGGAUGAAUGCUUCCCAGUGCUUCACAUAUAGAGGAACCUGCAAACAGAAUGACAGAUUUACAAGAAGACAGGUUGCAAACACCUCCAGGAAAAAGCAGCACAAGUGUAAUGAAUGUGGCAAGGUCUUUAGUCAGAGCUCAGCGCUCACCCUCCAUCGGAGAAUCCACAGUGGGGAGAAGCCUUACGCGUGCAACCAGUGUGCAAAGGCUUUCAGCCGAAGUGCCGUCCUUGUUCAGCAUCGGAGAACCCACACUGGCGAGAGACCCUACAAGUGCCAUGAAUGCGGAAAAGCAUUUAGCCAGAGCUCAAAUCUUUUCAGACAUAAGAAAAGACACAUUAGAGAAAAGGUCCUGUCAGCGUCGUGA